AGCAAUCGAUCACAAGUUGGUCGUCUUCAUCAAAUUKACUCUAAAAUUUCCCUUUUCUUCGUUGCUAUUUUGAAUUUAAGAUGCCUAAAGCUUCAAAGAAGAGUGCAAGAAGAUCUUUAGAUUCGGAUGAGGAGGAUGCCCCUUCACAAUCACAGUCACAACGCAAAGGAAAAGGACCUACAAAGAAAAGAGCCAAAGAUAACGACGAUUCAUCACAAGCUUCUCCAAAAACACAAGAUAAGCUGUCUGGUGAUGAACUAGAGAGAAAGGUUUCUGAGACAGUACGAUAUUUGUUGUUCAGUGACAGAAGGAAGGUUCCUAUCAAAAGGGCUGAUAUAUCAAAGAAUGUAUUGAAGGAAUACCCAAGAUCAUUCCCACAGGUUAUGGACCUUGCUAAGAAAAAAAUGCAAAAGGUAUUUGGUAUUACAGUAGAAGAAAUUGAGCUCACAGGAAAGGCAAAGGCUUAUAUCUUGGUUGAUGGCUUGGAGUGUGAGAAAAAGAAUGAUUUACUUGAAUGGGGAGAUGAAUCACACAGGAUGGGACUGCUAAUGGUGAUAUUAAGUCUUAUAUUCAUGUCAGAGAAUGUGAUAUCAGAAGCUCAACUUUGGCACACAUUAAAGAAAUUAGGCUUACAACAAAAAUCAGAACAUCCAGUAUUCGGCGAUCCAGAGAAACUCUUAUCUCAAGAAUUCGUCAGACAGGGUUAUCUUGAGAAAAAGAAAAUAGUCGGAGAUGAAACAUCGUUUGAGUACAGAUGGGGAGCCAGAGCUUUCAAAGAAACAUCCAAGAUGCAAGUGUUGGAGUUUGUAGCAAAAAUUUAUGGUACUGAAACAUCAGUCUGGACAGCACAAAUGAGGGAGAUUCAACAAGAGCAAGAAGAAGCUACUCAAGAUGAAUGAAGUUUUAUUAUUUUGAACGAUAUUUUUAUUGUUGCUGUUGUUGUGCUUCGCGUUGAUUGUACAUGUACAUGUAUAGGAUAGUUCUGUUACUUAUACUGCAUGUUACGUUUUUCCUCAUGUACAGUGCAAUCAUUUACGUUCUUAGCGUGACUGGUGCGUUUCUGGGUGCUGGAUCAGUUGUGGAAUCCUAAAGACUUGUUCACACUUACGGCGUUUUUCAAAGGAAUAGUAUAUUUUGUCUUAUCAUUGUGAAGAGACGUUUAGUUGGCUUAUCUAGGUGUGCUGCAUAACUUUUACAAGUUAAUUCAUUUACGAUAUUCUCUAGAAUCAAAAUGUCCGCAAGAUUCGCCAUUGUGAACCGGAUUUUGUCUUUGUAAGUUUGCAGUAUUCAGAUGCUUAGAGUAGAGUGAGGUCAUUAAACCCGUGAAACUAAUUUUAACUAUUGAGUGUGAGAGUCAAAUUAGACCCAAAAGAAAACAAUGUAAUUCGAGCGUACUAAGGUGUAUUAGUGUAAUAUCUAUUUCACGGGUUUUAUGACGUCGCUCUAAACGCAGUGGUACCGUAAAAUAUCAUCAAAGUAAAUGAUUAUUAGUCUGUAUUUACUGACUAAUAGUACACAGUCAAAGAAUCAACAGUAUAUAAAACUAAAGGUAAUACACUCUGUCCUGUCCUGGUUCAUUGACGUAGACUAAUAGAUACUACUUUUGAUGUUGUUUGACGGUCCAAGUUCGUUUAUUCUCUAUUUAGUACAUGUGGCUGUAUGAAAUUAAAAUAACAAUCAUUGUUAUUAUAAUAGGAAAGUUUCUUUAGGAAAAUUUUCAUUCGCAGUUCUUUCGCCAUCUUGAAAGGUAACCAUUGCAUCAAGAUGAGAUGGCCGGUAAGAUGGCAAUAAUAGAUAGCUGUAAAUUAUUGUCUGUAGACAAGAAAGAAGGUUUCUAUAUCAUUGCA